GCGCGGGAGGCCCAGUCGGAGCGGAGCCGGGCGAGAGGCAUCUCUCCUUGCCGCUCCCGCAGGAGGAGAAAGGCGGGGAGGCGCGGCGAGGCCUGCGCGCCGGAAGUGAGCUGACUGAGGGGAGAAGAAGGAGAAGGAGGAGGAGGAGAAGGAGAAGCGGGGCGGAGGAGGAGGAGGAGGGAGCCCGGCCGGCUGCGCGGAGCUGCUCGCGGUGUGGCUGCUGCGGCUUGUGUGUGUGUGAGAGAGAGAUAUUGUGAGGCGACGGAGGAAGGAAGGAAUCUCGUCAGCCUUGGCUUGAGGGGUUUCCGCGGGCGGGCGGGCGGAGGAGGCAGCCAAGCCCAGCCAGGGCGCUGAGGGAAAAGGAGGAGGAGCAGCAGCCGCCGCCGCCGGGUGUCCAGCAACAGCCGCCGCCGCCACGAUGGAACAGCUAUCAGAUGAAGAACUUGAUCAUGGCGCGGAAGAAGAUAGCGAUAAAGAAGAUCAGGAUCUGGACAAGAUGUUUGGGGCUUGGCUUGGGGAGUUAGACAAACUCACACAGAGUCUGGAUACAGAUAAGCCCAUGGAGCCAGUGAAAAGAUCCCCUCUUCGCCAGGAGACUAAUAUUGCCAACUUCUCCUAUCGCUUUUCAAUGUACAAUUUAAAUGAAGCCUUGAAUCAGGGAGAAACCGUGGAUCUUGAUGCGCUCAUGGCAGACCUUUGUUCCAUUGAGCAGGAGCUCAGCAGCAUCGGGUCCCAGUCUGCAAACAGCAUGUCAAUGAAACGCUUUGCCACAGAAGGAAAAAUGGCUCAGAAACCAUCUGGUGGUGGACGAUUCGCUGCUAAACACAGUAGUAUGAAAGGAUUGUCCUCUUCGUCAUCUAGCCGGGUGACAAAGCCUUCACAUGCUAUCUUCUCCCUGGAUGACAUUACGGCACAAUUAGAGAAGGCAUCUCUGAGUAUGGAUGAAGCGGCACAGCAACCUAUAAUGGAAGAUAGCAAGCCUAUAGUUGCCACCCAGCAUAGGAGGACGGCCUCAGCAGGUACUGUGAGUGAUGCUGAAGUCCGUUCUAUCAGCAAUUCCUCCCGUUCCAGCAUCACAUCUGCAGCCUCCAGUAUGGACUCCUUGGACAUUGAUAAAGUGACAAGACCUCAAGAACUAGAUUUGACUCAACAAGGACAGCCAGUUAGUGAGCAUAUUGUUUCUGUGGAACAUUCCAGCAAGCAAGCCAGACGUCGCAUUGACUUUUCUGAAGAAGAGGCUGAAUUGGCGCCUCAUUCCUAUUUGGACAGGGAAACCUCCCUUCUUCUGAGAAACAUUGCAGGAAAGCCUUCUCAUUUGCUGACCAAGGAGGAACAGGCUGCUAAGCUAAAGGCUGAAAAGAUCAGGGUUGCUUUAGAGAAGAUUAAAGAAGCACAAGUUAAAAAGCUUGUAAUUAGAGUCCACAUGUCAGAUGACAGCUCCAAAACGAUGAUGGUAGAUGAACGACAGACAGUAAGACAAGUGCUGGACAACUUGAUGGACAAGUCCCACUGUGGUUUUAGCUUAGACUGGUCUUUGGUAGAAACCAUCUCAGAAUUACAAAUGGAGAGAAUCUUUGAAGACCAUGAAAACUUGGUAGAAAACCUCCUCAACUGGACAAGAGACAGUCAAAAUAAACUUAUGUUUGUAGAACGUAUAGAAAAAUAUGCACUUUUCAAAAAUCCCCAGAAUUAUCUUCUAGGGAAAAGAGAAACCUCUGAAAUGGCAGACAGGAACAAGGAAGUACUACUGGAGGAGUGUUUUUGCGGAAGCUCAGUAACGGUGCCAGAAAUUGAGGGUGUAUUGUGGCUGAAGGAUGAUGGCAAAAAAUCUUGGAAGAAGCGUUAUUUUCUUCUACGCGCUUCUGGAAUCUACUAUGUUCCCAAAGGAAAGGCGAAGGUCUCUAGGGAUCUUGUAUGCUUUCUUCAGCUGGACCAUGUAAAUGUUUACUACGGCCAAGACUAUCGGAAUAAGUAUAAAGCCCCUACAGACUAUUGUUUAGUACUUAAACAUCCUCAGAUUCAGAAGAAAUCUCAAUAUAUUAAAUAUUUGUGUUGUGAUGAUAUCAGAACCCUACAUCAGUGGGUAAAUGGCAUCCGUAUCGCUAAGUAUGGGAAACAAUUGUACGUAAACUAUCAAGAAGCCCUGAAAAGGACAGAAUCGGCAUAUGACUGGACAUCCCUCUCCAGUUCUAGUAUCAAGUCUGGAUCCAGUUCAUCUAGUUUGCCAGAAUCUCAAUCCAAUCAUUCUAAUCAAUCAGAUAGUGGAGUUUCAGAUACCCAGACAGGACAUGUCCGUUCUCAAAGUAUCGUUAGCUCCAUCUUCUCAGAGGCCUGGAAGCGUGGUACCCAACUGGAAGAGUCUGGCAAAAUUAGCGCUAGAAUGGACUCAAUAAGCCGACCCUUUACUUCAGUCCCACCAGCUUUGUCUCCGCAGGCCAAAGCGACCCCCCUAUAUUCAGCUUCACAGCCAUCGCCUCCCCUUCCACCCCCUCCCCCUCCUCCGCCACCCCCUCCUCCACCGCCACCCCCUCCGCCCCCGCCCCUCCCCAGCCAGUCCAUGUCAUCCGGAGGCGGCUCAGCCACCGUCUUUGUGAAGUACAGCACGAUAACAAGGCUGCAGAACGCCUCUCAGCAUGGGGGGCUUCUCUUCAAGCCCCCCCAUAUGAUGCAGCAACCCCCACCAAUUCUGCCACCCGCAAAACCCCAGAACCCAGUGCCCCCUAAUGGCGUGGUCCCUCCGCCGCCGCCCCCGCCGCCUCCCCCCACGCCCGGCUCAGCUAUGGCGCAGCUCAUGAAGCCCGUGCCCUCCAUCCCGUCAGUGCCGCAGUUCACGCCGCCACCCCCUCCUCCCCCUCCUCUCAAAAUCCACCAGAUUCAUCAGAAUAUUCCUCCGGCGCCAGCCGCGGCCCCUGCCACGCCGCCGCCUCCCCCGCCUAUGCCUGCGCCGCCGCCUCCCCAAGCCCCUCCUAAGCCUGCCAUGACUCUGCCUACACAGAGCAGCUCAAAAGCCGCCUCGCCUGUCGCGGCGCAACCCACGCCCCCUGCCCCUGCCCUGGUUCCUUCAGCGAUGAAGAAGCAGCCCAGUUUCGCAACUCCGCAGGUUCCCCUGUCUCCUGUCCCACUAGGCCCUCUCCCCCCGCCCACUUUGCCCAAGCAGCAGAGCUACUCCGGCAAACUUCCGCCCUCGCCGCAGUCCCCUGUGCCAUCGGUGGUGAAGCAAAUCGCCAGCCACUUCCCUCCGCCUCCCAUGCCGGCUUCAGAGCCUCAGCCUUUAAAGCCCACCCCUCUGAAUGUGCCGCCGCAGUCUCCUCCGGCAGUCAAAGCCAAGCCGAAAUGGCAGCCCACCGCCGUCCCAUCUCCCGACUUCCCUCCUCCGCCACCUGAAAGUAGCCUAGCCUUUCCUCCGCCGCCCUCCCCUGCUCCGGCGGUGGUGUCUCCCACGCCGGACAAGUCAGGGGGUUCCCCGGUCAAGAAGUCUACUAAGACGUCCAGCCCGGGAGGAAAGAAGCCGCCACCGACUCCCCAGCGAAACUCCAGCAUAAAAUCCAACAGCUCAGCGGAGUACCACGAAUCAAAGAGGCCGUCGGUGGAUAGCCUGGUCAGCAAAUUUGCACCUCCGCCAGAGCCUUUGGGGUCUCCUGUGAAGGAGACUCCGCUCCCCCCUGCAGCUCCCCCCAAGCCAGGAAAGCUCAAUCUGCCUAUCGUACUUCAGCAAGCGGGAAUUUCCGCAAAGGCACCUGCCGCAGGAGCGCCCGGGAAGGGUACCGUGGAAGAGUUUCCUUCCCCUCCGUCGGAUUCAGACUUCCCCCCUCCGCCGCCUGAAAUCGACCUCCCUCUGCCGCCCAUUGAGAUUCCCGCCGUGUUUUCGGGCAACACCUCUCCCAAAGUGGCCGUCGUCAACCCUCAGCCCCAGCCCCCGUGGUCCAAACAGUCAGGGAAGAAAGCUCCUCCCCCCACCCGCCCCAAGCGCAACGACAGCACCCGGCUCACGCAGGCGGAAAUGGCCGAAGCGCAGGCCGCCGCGGCUCCGCAAGCAGCCGUGGCUCCGCAAGUGCCCACCUCGCCCAAGUCUGGCCUUAGCGUUCAGCCCGGGUUCCUGGCCGACCUGAACAGGACUCUGCAGCGCAAGUCCAUCACGCGGCACGGCUCCCUCUCCUCGGCCCGGAUAUCCAGGGCGGAGCCGACGGCCACCAUGGAUGACAUGGCUUUGCCCCCGCCCCCGCCGGAACUUCUCACGGAGAAGCAGAAGAGCAGCAACUUUGGAGGCAGCCACAUAUCGGGCUAUGCAACGUUACGGAGAGGUCCACCGCCGGCGCCCCCCAAGAGGGAUCAAAACACCAAACUCUCUCGAGACUGGUGAUAGUAAGUGGCCGCCAGUGAACUCUACAAAUGACAUGUCUGAUACACUUGUGAAGCUCCUUGUCUUAAUAGCUCUGUGUGUGUGUGUGUGUGUGUGUGUGCGCGUGCCCGCACGCACGCACACACACACAACACACACGCGAACAGAAGCUAUGGGCGCCUGUUUCGGUUCACAAUCAGUCCAAAAGAUUUCUCUGUUUGCAGUUGGUUUAUUGGGGCAAGGGGCGGGCUAACUCUUUUGAGAUCCUUCUUACGGAUUGGACCAAAAUCUUUGAAACACUUCUUUUUUCCUGCAAUUCAGGAAAACAUCUGUUGUCUGUCACGUGAGACAUGUUGGUGCAUGUAUUAUAAAUGUAGGUAUAUAAUAUAUUGUGAAGUAUUUUGUUGCAAUGAUAGAGGCUAACCAGAAUGUUUUUGUACAUCUGUAUUUAUUUGUUUCAGUCAACCGAUAUGUAUAUUACCGGAAAUUGGGUGGCACAUCUUAAAAGAAAAGCCCUUUUAAAAAUUGAAGAUAAUAGGAGGCACUUUAAUCAGAAAAAAACCUAUUUUUCCCAGUCGGUGACGGGUAUAGGGUACUGACAGAUUCUAUCGGCGUUCGUACAUUGUCAGUUGAUUGAAAACUCCAAAACAAUCUACCAAAACAUUCUGGUUGUAAUACUACUGAGAUUAAAUCCAUACAUAGGAAAGGGGAUGUGUUGUAUUGUGGGCCUGGAGUUAAAUAUAUUUGGACUUCAAAAUACAGACAUUCCCUUCUGGAACUGUUAAGGGGAAAGGAAAGGAUUUAUUUAAUCAAAACGCUUAAGAAGACACUGCCCUUUAUUACACCUUUGUGCACUUAGGUGUAAGCCCCAUGGAACACGGCGGAGACAUAUUUGUGACUAAAUAGGUGUAGGAUCCGGCUCCAAUCCUGUUCACACUUACCAGGGAGCAACUUGCAAUGAACCAAGUGGGAUUUUCUCUGAAGGGAUCGUGCUUUUAAUUAGAAUAAAUACACACUCUUCUAAUCCA